AUGAGUGUAACUAGUAUUGCAUUGAGAGUUGAAACCUGGCUUUUAGCCACAUGGCAUGUUAAAGUACCUCUCAUGUGGCUGGAAGCUUGUAUUAACUGGAUCCAAGAAGAAAAUAAUAAUGUUAAUUUGAGUCAGGCCCAAAUGAAUAAACAAGUGUUUGAGCAAUGGCUCCUUACUGAUCUGAGAGAUUUGGAGCAUCCUCUUUUACCUGAUGGCAUUUUAGAAAUUCCAAAAGGAGAACUGAAUGGAUUUUAUGCUCUGCAGAUUAAUUCCUUGGUUGAUGUAAGUCAACCUGCAUAUUCCCAGAUACAGAAGUUGAGAGGAAAGAAUACAAAGAAUGAUCUAGUUACAGCCGAGACACAAGUAACCCCAAAGCCCUGGGAAGCAAAGCCUUCACGAAUGUUGAUGCUACAGCUAACUGAUGGAAUUGUACAGAUGCAGGGAAUGGAGUAUCAGUCUAUUCCAGCUCUUCAUGAUGACCUUCCUCCAGGUACAAAAAUUUUGAUUUAUGGAAACAUUUCUUUCCGUCUUGGUGUUCUCUUAUUGAAACCAGAAAAUGUGAAGGUGUUGGGAGGUGAAGUAGAUGCUCUUUUAGAAGAAUAUGCACAAGAAAAAGUACUUGCAAGAUUAAUUGGGGAACCUGAGCCUGUCAUUUCAGUCAUACCAAAUAAUUCUAACCAAAACAUCCCCAAAGUUACAGAUGUUCUGGAUACUGCAUUAGGACCUUCUGAUGAAGAACUCUUGGCAAGUCUUGAUGAAAAUGAUGAGCUUACAGCAAAUAUUGAAACCUCCUUGGAAAGAAGAUAUUUCAACACAGGUAGUUCCUCAAGUACUGUUUCCAUAAGACAGUCAAGUUUUGAACCAGGAUUUGUUAGUUCUCCAAGACCAAAGGAAAAACCACCCCACCAAUCUAUGCAUUUCACUGAUGGGGAAUUAGAUGACUUUUCAUUGGAAGAGGCCUUGCUUUUAGAAGAAACUGUCCAGCAAGAGCAGAUGGAAACUAAAGAAUUGCAGCCAUUGACUUUGAACAGAAUCCCAGAUAAAAGUAUAGUGAGUGUUAACAACCCUAAUACUGUGAAUAAUUUUUCUUCAACUUGCAAAACUGGAAACAAUUGGAAUGAAAAAAAUGUAUCUGAACAAAUGACUAACGAAGGUAAGUCUUUUGAUUGUCUGUCUGCUAUAGACCAAAACAAUAGUGUUUUUUUAAUUCAUCAUAAUGUACCCCUAAUCCAUGAUUUUACGAAUAAAGAUAAGAACUCAGAGACAGAUAACCAAAUAAAACAAAGCAUCAACAAUUUAGAUAGAUAUUCCUUAAAUAAUAAAGUAUUAAAUAGAGAGCUCAUCAACUAUAUACCAAAAAGGAAUUCACAAGUUUCUAAUGAAAAUGAGCACCAUUUACAGACUUGUUCUUUAAGAUCAUCAGAGAAUAACACUGAUCUUUCUACUGCCAUGGAUUUAAAUUCUCCACCCUUUAUCUAUUUGUCUGUUCUGAUGGCCAGCAAACUAAAGGAAGUUACAACAGUGAAAAUCAAAGCAUUUAUUGUAACUUUAACUGGAAAUCUCUCAAGUUCUGGUGGCAUUUGGAGUAUAACUGCAAAGGUUUCUGAUGGUACUGCAUAUCUAGAUGUAGAGUUUGUAGAUGAAAUACUUACUAGUCUGAUAGGGUUCUCGGUACCAGAAAUGAAACAACUGAAAAAGGAGCCUCUUCAGUACCAAAAGUUCUUGAAAGGUUUGCAGAAAUGUCAGAGAGAUCUAAUAGAUUUGUGCUGCCUAAUGACUAUUUCAUUUAAUCCUCCCUUGUCUAAAGCAAUCGUACUGGCAUUACAAGAUGUUAAUAUGGAACACCUUGAGAAUCUAAAGAAGAGAUUGAAUAAAUAA